ACAAAAAUAAUAAUAAUAAAAAAACAUAACAGAGUCAGAUCCACCCUUUAGAUUAUGUCAGCUCGGUAGCCAAUGAGAACGUCAAACGCAAUACAAGCAGGAUUGUAAACCAAUGAAAAUCGAGAGUGGGCGGGUGCUUUGUUGUUGUGGUUGACGAUUCACUUCCUGCUUUACCUUAUAGCGUGAAAUAAACUGCGGCAGUUAAAGGAGAGAAGAAACAGAAGACCUGGCAGCGAAGUAGGUGUCCUGUUGGAUGAGACCUUCAACACACCCAGACAAAGUGGAGUUUAUAGAUUUCUCUGCCUUCAAAAAAAAAAAAGAAGAGAGAAAGCAGCAGUAAACCAUUUAAUUUCCACCCUGGACCGAAUCCUCUCUCCAAGAGGUGUACCAAACAUGGUGCAUGUCUACAACUGCCAUCCUUUCGCCUCACAGCAGAUAGUACAGGUGGAGCAGGAGCCUGGACUGGUCUGCUGUGGAGGUGGAGUCUUGUUCGUGGUGGCUGCUGGUGGAUGCAAGGUGGAGGCCUACAGUGUGGAGCAAGAGGGCUGCCCUUUCAUCUGUCGCUUUUCCACCAUGGGCACUGUGAAGAGCAUCCAGCACAGCAAGAUUGGAGAUUACCUGGUGACCAUAGAGGAAAAGAACAGCGCCACCUACCUGAGAGCCUACACCAACUGGCGCUACCAGGCGGAGGGGAAGGCUCGUGUCGGGGUGCGUUUGUUGGGCCACUUGCUGCGUGGGGUGUCUGUGCAGAGCGGAGUGCAGAUGGAGAUCAUUGAGAUCCCUCUGUCCGAGCGUCCUGUUGCUAUGGCGUGUUGCUCAGUAACAGGAGACCUUCUGGUCGGUUGCGAGAACACUCUGGUUCUGUUUGCUUUGAGGAGACAGAACCAGCAGAGCCUGAAUCAGAGUCAGCAGAUCCCUCAGAGCACCUGGCCAAACUCUCAGCAGAGCUCCAGUCAGAGUCAAGGUCAGACCUUAAGUUCAAACCAAAAUGGCCUGGAUUUUGAACGCUCAGUUGUCCUGCAUCUUCAAAAGCUCAAGCCUAAAAAGGUGGCGCUGUGUGGAGGGUAUGUGGCGGUGCAUGCGGAGCUGGAGGUGCUGGUUUUUAAACUGGAUUCAUCCUGUGAACAGAAUACCUUGGACGAAUCAUCAGACACAAAGAAAAUAGAUCAUCUGGAAGACCAGGCUGACUUUCUGGUUCUUCAGAGACACCAGGAGUUGCUCGGUGAUCGAGCUAAAGACUGUGACAUCCCUGUUAGCAUUGAAAAGACUGGGCUGGAGGACAGCACAGGGCAAUACACGCUGUCAUAUGUUCUCUUCAGGCGUUUUACUCCAGAUUUCUUCCAGGACUGCAAUGUGGAGGAGACUCAACUCCACUCCCUACAGCUCUACCCGCUAUUCACCAGUAACCAGUCAGUGUCUCUGGUAGAACCAACAUGUGUGUUCUGCUUCUUCUCUCUCCCCACCGCUGGCUACCUGUACAGUCUGAAGGGUGGCGUUGAGCUUCUCUCAGCCUAUCAGUAUCCAGAGAAGGUCCUGGAGGCGGUGCUAACAGACCACCUGUUGCACGUCAUAACAAAGAAUGCAUUGCAGUGUUUCACAGUGCGCUGUUCAGCAGUAGCAGCCAGGAUUAAAGACCCCUACAUCGAUACCACCAUCAAGGCCUGUCCACCCUGCAGCAUGGAGGUGUGCGCGCUCAGGAUGCAGCUGUUUAUCGGUCUGCGCUCAGUGUGUGUCUACGGCCGCCAUGUUAUCCUGCUCUCCACUGCCGACACAGAGACACCAGAAGAACCCGAACGCACCACACAUCGCAGAGGCCUUGAGUUGAAAGAACACGCCUUGCUGACUGGUAUUUUCCUGGCGGUGGGAAUCGAUCCCGCAACCACGCCGGCUCUGGAGAGCCUUCUAUCACGCCCCUUUCUGAGCAGGAAGUGGACAAUCUCUUCUCCCAAAGAAACCAGCUCAGCAGGACACGGAUGGAACCUCUAUGUGGUCGACACCGUCUCCCCCCUCACUCUUUACCAAGAGAUGGUUGAAUACAGCCAGCGGUAUGUGGAGACCAACCCGCAGGCCCAAAGCCUUCGGCACCUCCUCAGUGAAGCUCACCUCCUCCUCCGCGCCUCCUUACUCCAAACACCAGAGCAGCAAGGAAACAUUGAGGGUCAUCCCGCUAUGUCUCUGCAGACAGAUACAGGUGGACCAGCUGAGAAACAGACAGCUGUACAGACAGACAUUCAGGAACUGGAGGAGGCACUGAGGCAGAACUGUGCACAGCUGGGAGACUGUUUUAGCAGGGGCAGUCAGAAGGACUGCCACCUGGCUCUGCCAUACUACCGGAUGUCUGGUCUGUCAGUCACAGACAUCAUAGCCAGGAACCACCCGCUUCCCAGCAGCCCUCACUCUUACGGCCCUGGCUUCCUGUUCUACCUGAAGCAUUACCUGUUAGAAGAAACAGAGCAGAUUCUCAGUCAGGAAGCAGCUGAUGAGGUCAUAGACAUUUUCAGCCAAUCGGAGCCCUCACAGCUUGUCAGUGUGUGUGCCAGCCCGCCCAUGAUAAACAUCAGUCCUGCCCAGACGCUGCAAGUCUUAAAACAUCUGGAGGCCACAGCUGGCGUGUCGGUUCCUCUGACAAUCACCAUGGCAACCAUGAUGCUGCGUUUGGAUGACCUGCCACAGUAUAGACAGCUGAUGGAAAGACACGCUGAGAUGCUGCUGGUGUACGGGUUCAUCGAGGAGCCGAGGCUGUUGCUGCACGGCGGAGGUGGAGGCCAGCGCACACAAAUCCGUUCCACAGCAUUGACUCGCCAGUUGGCAAAGUCCCAACCAGGACUGCUAGUGGCUGCCAUGGUGGCUUUACAUGAAAACAACAAAGUCCAGCUGGAACAGGCUGGUCACAUAUUUAAGGAGCUGGGAUGUGAGAAUUGCUUACAGGUGGAUUUCUGGGAGGCGAUGCUCAUGGCCUCCUCACAGGAAGCUGUCAUCCAGGAACUUCUGUUCCGACUGGCGUCCGUCUACAUCGACCGAUUGACAAACACAACGUCGGAUACACACCCCAACGAACCACACGCACCUUCGAGACGCAGGCCGCUGAAGAGUGCAGACGAUCUGAUGAACUCAUGCUCCCAUUACGGUGCUCUGUACCCAUGGCUCACUGUUCUCAAUCCAGCUCAAACUACCAGCUCCCAACACCAGGAGGCGCUAUACAAACUGCAGUCUCUCCUGUGUGGUCCGUCCCUGUCCGUGGGCUCCGUCGUGCCUCUGAUGGAGCGUCUGUCAGAGGAAUCCCUAUGGGGCUUCAGCCUGCACCUCCUCUGCACAACCAGAAGGGGGCAGUACGACAGCAGCAUUGAAAAGCUGCUGGACCGAUGUCCUCAGGCCAUCAUAGCCUACGCCAACCACCAGUUACAAGACAAACACAUGGUGUUAUGGUGGCAGAAGCUGCUCCCAGAGCUUUGUAACAGGACGAGAGCUGCCACAGACAACAGCAUCCUAUUGGCUGCUCUUAAAGAGACGCUAGUUGUGGUUGCCAUGGAGACGAGCCCCACAGAGUUCCUGGAACUGAUGCCUGACGACGGCACGGCAUUCUACUUCUUGCCUCACCUCUUGACUUGUAGCCAGCAUCACCUGCUAGCAUGACUGACACACACACAGACAGACAGACGGUCAGACAGACAGACAGAGACACACACACACACACACACACACACACACACACACACACACACUGCAGGCCCUUAGCAGUGGUGUUUAAGGAUUAUUCAACCAUGGCAACACUGAAAACAUAAUCUGUAAUCUCUAUGCUUUGACCAGCACUUUGUUUGUCCUCAACAGACAAUCAUGUACAGGUUUUAAUACUUGACCAACUUUUGAGUAUUAAGCAAUUAAAUUGAACAUUUAAUCAGUCGCUUGGGUGACGUAUGCUCUGUGUUUUUAGAUGACUUAGAUAUAGAGAAAUAGAGAAUAUAAUUUGCAGGAUACACAGAACAGACUACAGUAUAUACAGUAGAGCAGGUCAUGCAAACAGAUAUGAAUCAAAAAUAGUUUUUCGGUUUCCCUGCAAAUUCAUGUUUGUAUGUGGAUAUUGCUUUGUAAUUCUGACUGUGUUCCCCAUUAAUAUUGUGAUGUGUUGUCGUUUUUGUAACAUUUUAAUGUCUAGCUUCAAUGAGAAUUUAUUUUUUAUGUAUUACCGUUUGUAGUCCUGAAACUAGUCCUGUAAUUCAUCAGAUAGGCAGUAAGUUUAAAGCACUUUAGAGCUAUGGGAUCCAUUACCAGAUAAUUUAUAUUGCCACAACCAUGUCAUAUGAGAUCGUUGUCAAUAAGCCAGAAAAAUGUCCUUGGUUGUCACUCAUGCAGCAAGUACUCACAACUUGCUGCUUCCUCUAACCUUUUAUCGAAGUUUCUUCCUUUUAAUAAUAAAAUCAAAGAAACUGUUGAUUCCUGCUUAUGAAGCGUCACCUGGUUAAUGUGAAACUCAUGUAAGUUAGUAAAGAAUAGUUUACUAAUUGA